AUGAGAGAGACCGUUGGAGAGAGACCGUUGGAGAGAGACCGUUGGAGAGAGACCGUUGGAGAGAGACCGUUGGAGAGAGACCGUUGGAGAGAGACAGGCGAUGUGAGAGAAAGCGAGAGAGAGAGAGUGAUGGCGACUUUUAAUUCUAAGAAGAGAAAGAGAGAAGAGAAAAGAUCCGGAUGUAGCCAAAAGAAGAGCAAAUAUCGGCGUGACCAGCAUGGGACCUGUUGUCCAGUACCGGAGGAACCAACACCCGUACGGGACCAGUGGAACACCUUCACAGUAAUGGCAGAUGCUCUUCAGACAUUUGAAGAGUAUGGGGAGGAUGCCUACCUGUUCAACAAACGGCUGGAGAAGGACUUCUCACCACUGGAUUUCCUAGCAAACCAGCAUGAGGUAGAUCCAACCAAUUGGGAAGAAGUCACUAAUAUCUUAAUUAAGGUGCACAGGCACUUUUCAUUGGACUUUUCUACCCUGUGCCUUUCUGUCAACUACCUGGCUAGGUACAUCUCCCAGAGGCCACUGAAAGCGACCAUCCUAAAGCCACUGGGGGCCACGUGCUUGUAUUUGGCAACAAAAAUCAUGGGUAGAAAACGUCCAUCAGCAGAGGAUUUCCUGGAGCUGUUUGGGGAUGCUAAUUACACACCUGCCUAUAUUGCAUAUGUGGAGAAGAACCUUAUGUGCCAACUGGACUACCGGCUGCAAGGACCCACCAUUGAUUUUUUUCUUGAACACUUCUCCCUAAUAAGAGCAUCUAGCGAGAAGUGUUCAGGCAUCAUCACCAGAGCAGCCAAUGCCCUAACAGCUGCCAGAGGCAUCGCAGCACUGGCCAUGACACAAUAUGGUUUCCAUCAGUAUGCACCAUCUCUACUGGCUCAGUGCUGUCUUAAAGCUGCUGACAACAUAUUCGGAUAUAACACCGCGAAUGAAGAGGAGCCCCGUGACUAUCCUGCCCACCUCAUGCAGGAAUGCUUGGAGAAGACACUACUCCUGGUCUCUGCAAACAAGAACUUUUUGCAACAACUACUGCCAGGAGUCUUUCCAGAGACGCUUCAGGAGCAUUCUGCAUCUGCCGCCAUUCACAGCGGAAGCACUGAAGUUACAGAGCCAGCCGGGCAGCACCCAGGAACAUCAUCAAGGAGACCUAAGGAGACAGGAGCAGGCUCCCCCCGGAAGAAAGGUGGCGGAAAAUCUGCAGCUGCAUCCAGAAAAACAGGUAAAAGAGCAGAUCUCAUCAUCGUCUGCAUCAUUUAUUUAUAUGGCGACGACAUUGUCUCCAGCACUUUACCAGUAAAUUUAACAAACAGAAGCUAG